AUGUCUACACCGAGGAGCUCGCCCUCUUCCCCCGGGAGACCUCCACCACUACUGGUACAAAUAGGCACUAUCUCGAGAGACGACUACUUCCAGAACCUCCCCACAGAACUCCGCAUCGCAAUCAUGCACCGAUGCCACUCCGCCAUCGACAUUAAAGCCCUCAUCUUAGCCUCGCCUGCUAUGCUGGCUUGCCUUGAAGAAAACCAACCCCGUUGUAUACAAGGAGUCGCAGAGAGGCUCAAGUACCAGAUCCAAUCUGACUCAGCGCUUCCGCUGGCUUUGCUGGCUGGCCGCCUUCGGCACGUUCGUGAGGAGUACCAAGGAUCCUCGAAAGAAAUCCUGAGAAGCAAGAUACAGCAGGUCCUCAAAAAAGAGAUUGACUUGGAAGGAUAUGAGGACAAUUUGAUCGCUCUUUGCCAACUUACCGCCCUCUUCCACAACGGCAAAGAAUUCGUAUCGCAGACCAGCCCACAGAUCCCAUCGAUGCCGCUUCCUACACCACUUCAUACGCAAUUUCAUACGUCGUACUUUAUAAUAUCAAUGCUUCAAGGAUUCGAGGAAUACCGCAGAAUGUGGGAAAGAGAGGGAUUAGAGGCAUAUUUACGUUUCCAUGGCUACUGCGAUGCCUUUUUCUACGGCCGCGAGCCCCUGUUUGAGGAGAGUACAGCUCUUGAGGAGCAGUUCCGCCGUCUCUCUGGCACCGGGUAUAAUAGGACUGAAGCCCUCGUGGCAUUCUGCAAGAUCAUGAAAAACAUCCUUCUCGGCCCCUUCUUUGCCUAA